GAUCUGUUCUUUUAGGCCGAGAACCACUACGGUCAUAACCCAAAAAAAAAAAGAAAAAAAAAAAGCCUCUCUCUACGUAAAAAGAAGGCCAUUUAGACUGAAAGUCCUUUCAAAGCAUUUUUUUUCAUUAGCGCGCGAGCAUUCUCUUGGAUUUCAAUCAUUUGAAGAGAAAAAUCAAAAGUUUAAAUGGCCUGAGAUUAUUUAUUUUUUGGGUUUUGGUUAUGAAACUGGGUGGUUUUUCAAAAUGGCGGGGAUCUGCUGUGGAUUGGUGAACAAAAGCGAGACAUCAACGGCGUGUGAGCAGAGCUCCCGAGCGGCGAGGCGGAGGAGAAUGGAGAUCAGACGGUUCAAAUUCGUAACCGGCGUGGCCACAACGGAGCCAGAGAGUUCUAGUACUGAGCAAAAGCGUCAGAAGCUAGAAGGCUAUUACACGGCGUCGUUUUCUAGUACGGACGAUGAGAAGAAAGAAGUGGCGGUAGUAGAGACCAAAGAGAUCUCGAAUUCGAAUGAUGGUUGUGCUUCGACUUCGGUUUCGAGUGAGUACCCGAAAUUCGGUGUUGCAUCUGUGUGUGGAAGACGGAGAGACAUGGAAGACGCUGUGGCUAUCCACCCUUCGUUCUCUAGCCAUGACCACAAUUCCACAACGAAAUUGCAUUACUUCGGCGUUUACGACGGCCAUGGUUGCUCUCACGUGGCAACGAAGUGUAGAGAAAAGUUACAUGAGCUGGUGAAGGAAGAGUUGUUGUUGUUGGAGACGCAAGAGGAAGAAUGGAAGGGAGUGAUGGAGCGAAGCUUUUAUCGCAUGGACAAGGAAGUGAAUGCAUGGAACGAGACCGUUUUGGGUGCAAAGUGUAGGUGUGAGCUUCAAUCUCCAGAGUGUGAUGCGGUUGGAUCUACUGCGGUGGUUGCAAUUGUGACACCCAAUAAGAUCAUCGUUGCCAAUUGUGGCGAUUCAAGAGCUGUGCUUUGCCGAAACGGCAAGGCUGUACCUCUUUCCUCCGAUCACAAGCCGGAUCGUCCGGACGAGUUGAAUCGGAUCCAAGCCGCAGGUGGUCGGGUUAUCUACUGGGACGGCCCACGUGUCCUCGGAGUUCUCGCCAUGUCUAGAGCUAUUGGUGAUAAUUAUCUGAAGCCUUAUGUGAGCUGUGAGCCAGAGGUGACGAUCACGGAUCGGACGGCGGAGGAUGACUGUCUGAUUCUGGCGAGUGAUGGGCUUUGGGACGUGGUUUCAAACGAGACGGCGUGUGGGGUGGCGCGUAUGUGCUUAAGAGGGAAAGCACACGCGCCUCCGUGUUCUCCGCCGGGUGCUGAGGUGGCUGUUUCCGAAACAUCCGACAAGGCGUGUUCGGACGCGGCGAUGUUGCUGACGAAGUUGGCCUUGGCUAGGCACAGUACUGACAACGUGAGCGUGGUCGUGGUAAACCUAAGAAGGGACACGUAACCAUUAGCCAUCCAAUGUUUUUUUUUUUUUUUUUUUUUUUAAAGAAAAAAAAAAUUAAAUUUAUGGGUUGGGUUUGUAGGGUUGGGCUUUUUUGGGUGAUUGGUAAGAAGAGAAUCAAAUUUGAAAUAGUGAAACCACUAUUUGUUUGUAACUGCUGAGCUCAACUUUUUUUGUAUUUGGUUUUCGAACGAUAUAUCUUUUAUCAAGAGAUUUCAUUCAAUUAAAAAAGGCCAAUGGUGUAAUUGUAGUUUUUUCUUUUUCUUUUUUUUUUUAUAAGAAUGCUGAUAAGCUUUCAUUAAACUGGGCUGAAACCCAAAUCAGAUACAUCAUUAUGAAGUAUAUGAAGUAAAUAUGAUAGCCUUUUAAGGUUAAUGGAUUCUCUUUUUUGAGGUUAUGAUACUGUUGGUCACAUGGAAGGGAUCGUAUGGUUGAUAUCAGAAUAAUAAUUCAUUCUAAUGAUAUCUCUUCGAUUUGGAUGCGCUAUCAUUUU